UGGCGACGGCCGCAGUUCCUCCUGCUGCAGCCUCCCCACCUCUGCAGUCCGGCGGCGCCUGCAGGGACUCACGCUAGCGGCCGGAAAAAAUUAACGUGUCUCAGGUGCUCUAUAACGAAAGAAGUUGCUGCAGGAUGAAAAGAUGGCAGCUCCGCUUAUGGCACCACCUGGCCCUGACAGUUUCAAAGCUUUUACACGUGAAUCACUGGCUGCUAUUGAAAAACGUAUAGCCGAGGAGAAAAAUAAAAAACCACCAAAGGCAGACAGUAGCCACAGAGACGAUGAUGACGAAAACAAACCAAAACCAAACCAAGACCUGGAAGCAGGCAAAGGUGUGCCGUUUAUCUACGGCGAUGUUCCUUCAGCGCUGAUUGCUGUUCCAAUCGAAGACUUAGACCCUUUUUAUUUAAACCAGAAAACCUUUAUAGUACUUAACAAAGGAAAAACGAUCUUCAGAUUUAGUGCCGCACCUUCCAUGUAUAUAAUAAGCCCUUUUAACCUAUUUAGGAGAAUCGCUAUUAAAAUUUUGAUACAUUCAGUAUUUAGCAUGAUCAUCAUGUGUACUAUUUUGACAAACUGCGUCUUCAUGACUUUUAGUAAUCCCCCAGAAUGGUCUAAACAAGUGGAGUACACCUUCACUGGAAUUUAUACAUUUGAAUCACUUGUAAAAAUCAUUGCAAGAGGUUUUUGCAUAGACAGCUUUACGUUUUUGAGGGACCCAUGGAACUGGUUAGAUUUCAGCGUUAUUUCGAUGGCAUAUGUAACAGAGUUUGUGGACCUUGGGAAUGUCUCAGCGCUGAGAACAUUCAGAGUUCUCCGAGCUUUGAAAACUAUCUCUGUCAUUCCAGGCCUGAAGACCAUUGUGGGUGCCCUUAUUCAGUCUGUGAAGAAGCUGUCGGAUGUAAUGAUUUUGACAGUGUUUUGCCUCAGUGUCUUUGCUUUAAUCGGUCUACAGCUUUUCAUGGGUCAUCUAAGACGCAAGUGUGUUGUGUGGCCAAUUAACCUUAACGAGACGUACUUGUCCAAUGGCAGCAAGGGUUUUGACUUUGAGGAAUACAUACACAAUGACACAAACUUUUACACAGUUGAAGGAGCUCUGGAUCCGAUUCUCUGUGGUAAUGGCACAGAUGCAGGCCAAUGUCCAGAAGGUUAUACGUGUAUGAAAGCUGGCAGAAAUCCAAACUAUGGCUACACUAGCUUUGACACAUUCAGUUGGGCCUUUUUGGCCCUGUUUCGCCUUAUGACUCAGGAUUAUUGGGAAAACUUGUAUCAGUUAACAUUACGUGCUUCUGGAAAAACAUAUAUGAUAUUCUUUGUCCUGGUAAUUUUUGUGGGUUCAUUUUAUCUGGUGAAUUUAAUUCUGGCUGUGGUAGCCAUGGCUUAUGAAGAACAAAAUCAAGCAACACUGGAGGAAGCAGAGCAGAAGGAACAUGAAUUCAAGGCCAUGCUGGAACAAAUGAAAAAGAUGCAAGAAGAGGCACAGGCACAGGCUAUGGCUACUUCUGCUGGCACAGUUACGGAGGAUGCGGUAGAAGAUGAUGAAGUAGAUGCGAGGAUGUCCCAGACUUCCUCAGAAUUCUCAAAACUGAGCUCAAAAAGUGCAAAGGAAAGGAGAAAUCGCAGAAAGAAGCGGAAGCAGAAAGAACUAUCGGAAGGGGAGGAGAAAAGAGAUACAGAAAAAGUGUAUGAAUCAGAAGACGGAAUAAGAAGAAAAGGUUUUUGGUACCCUGACAAUAGGCUGGGCAGAAAAUUUUCAAUCAUGAACCAGUCUUUACUCAGCAUCCCGGGGUCUCCGUAUCUCUCUAGACACAACAGCAAGAGCAGCAUAUUUAGCUUUCGUGGUCGAUUCAGGGACCCUGUCUCUGAAAAUGAAUUUGCUGAUGAUGAGCACAGCACUGUGGAAGAGAGCGAAGGCAGACGAGACUCCCUCUUCAUUCCCGUACGAGCCUAUGACAGGAGGAACAGUUACAACAGUGGGUACAGCCAGGGAAGCCGUUCAUCUCGCAUCUUCCCAAACCUGCGAAGAAGUGGGAAAAGAAAUAGCACAGUGGAUUGUAAUGGAGUGGUGUCGCUAAUUGGUGGUCCUGGGUCCACUAUGCCCGGUGGACGUCUUCUGCCUGAGCCUACAACAGAAGUAGUUAAAAAGAAGCCUUCUGGAUCACUCAGAGUCUCAAUGGACCAACUGCAUGCUUCAUAUGGAAGAAAGCAUAGAGCGAAUAGUGUUUUGAGUGUCCUUACUCAAACUCUUGUAGAAGAACUGGAAGAGUCACAGAGGAAAUGUCCGCCUUGUUGGUACAAAUUUGCAAACACCUUUCUCAUAUGGACUUGUUGCCCCUUAUGGAUCCGCAUAAAAACAGUUGUUAAUAUAAUAGUGAUGGACCCUUUUGUUGACUUAGCCAUCACCAUUUGUAUUGUCCUCAACACAUUAUUCAUGGCAAUGGAGCACUAUCCGAUGACAACCCAUUUUGAGAAUGUUUUAUAUGUAGGAAACCUGGUUUUCACUGGAAUUUUCACAGCUGAAAUGUUUCUAAAACUUGUAGCAAUGGAUCCUUAUUAUUAUUUCCAAGAGGGCUGGAACAUAUUUGAUGGAUUUAUUGUAUCCCUCAGUUUAAUGGAGUUAGGUCUUCAAGAUGUCGAGGGCCUCUCUGUUCUGCGUUCCUUUCGAUUGUUGAGAGUCUUCAAACUAGCCAAAUCCUGGCCAACCUUGAACAUGCUGAUAAAAAUCAUUGGAAAUUCUGUCGGUGCCUUGGGUAACUUGACCUUGGUCCUGGCCAUCAUCGUGUUCAUUUUUGCUGUGGUGGGGAUGCAAUUAUUUGGAAAAAGCUAUAAGGACUGUGUUUGCAAGAUUAAUCCUGAUUGUGUUUUACCUCGGUGGCACAUGAAUGAUUUUUUCCAUUCUUUUCUGAUCGUUUUCCGUGUGUUAUGUGGAGAGUGGAUUGAAACUAUGUGGGACUGUAUGGAGGUUGCAGGACAAGGAAUGUGUCUCAUUGUAUUCAUGAUGGUGAUGGUCAUUGGUAAUUUAGUGGUGCUGAAUUUGUUCCUUGCUUUGCUACUGAGCUCCUUCAGUGCUGAUAAUCUGGCCGCCACUGAUGACGACGGUGAAAUGAACAACCUUCAGAUAUCGGUCAUUCGCAUUAAAAAGGGCGUAGCUUGGAUUAAACUGAGAGCACAUGACUUUAUGCAGAAGUACUUCAAAAAGAAAGAUGCAGAUGAGGUGAAGCCAUUGGAUGACAUGUAUGAAAGAAAAAUUAACUGCUUAGCUAAUCACACCGGAGCUGAUAUCAACAGAGAUAUAGAUUACCAAAAAAAUGGAAAUGGCACCACCAGUGGUAUUGGAAGUAGUGUGGAAAAAUAUAUAAUCGACGAGGACCAUAUGUCUUUCAUAAAUAACCCAAACCUAACAGUCAAAGUGCCAAUUGCAGUCGGGGAGUCUGAUUUUGAAAAUCUUAACACAGAGGAUUUCAGCAGUGAUGAUGAUGGAAGCAAGGACAAACUUGAUGACACAAGUUCUUCAGAAGGAAGCACAAUUGACAUAAAGCCAGAAGAAGAAGAGGUACCCGUUGACGUACCAGAAGAAUAUCUAGAUCCCGAUAACUGCUUUACAGAGGGCUGUGUUGCUCGUUUCAAAAUUUGUCAAGUCAGCGUAGAAGAUGGACUGGGAAAAACUUGGUGGACCUUGCGUAAAACCUGCUUUCUCAUAGUUGAACACAACUGGUUUGAAACGUUUAUUAUCUUCAUGAUUUUGUUAAGCAGUGGUGCCCUGGCCUUCGAAGAUAUUUACAUAGAACAACGAAAAACAAUUCGAACCAUCCUUGAGUAUGCAGAUAAAGUAUUUACUUACAUUUUCAUCCUGGAAAUGUUACUGAAGUGGCUGGCGUAUGGAUUCGUUAAAUUCUUCACCAAUGCCUGGUGCUGGCUCGACUUUCUCAUUGUUGAUGUCUCUUUAGUAAGCCUUAUAGCUAAUGCCUUGGGCUACUCGGAACUAGGUGCCAUUAAGUCCCUUAGGACCUUAAGAGCUUUGAGACCCCUAAGAGCCUUGUCACGAUUUGAAGGGAUGAGGGUGGUAGUCAAUGCUUUGGUUGGUGCAAUCCCAUCCAUUAUGAAUGUGUUGCUGGUCUGCCUUAUAUUCUGGCUGAUUUUCAGCAUCAUGGGUGUCAAUUUGUUUGCGGGCAAAUACUACUAUUGCUAUAAUGAGACACUUGGAGACAGAUUUUUACCCGAGGAUGUGAACAAUCUAACAAUGUGUGAAGAUUUGAUUGCAAGAAACUACACUGAGGUCAGAUGGAGAAAUGUGAAAAUCAACUUUGAUAACGUCGGCGCAGGAUAUCUUGCAUUACUUCAAGUAGCUACAUUUAAGGGCUGGAUGGAUAUUAUGUAUGCAGCAGUGGAUUCUAGAAAGGUCCAGGAUCAGCCAAUAUACGAGGAUAACAUCUAUAUGUACAUUUAUUUUGUAAUUUUCAUCAUCUUUGGAUCCUUCUUUACUCUCAACCUCUUUAUUGGUGUAAUUAUUGAUAACUUCAAUCAACAAAAGAAAAAGUUUGGAGGUCAGGACAUCUUCAUGACAGAGGAACAAAAAAAAUACUAUAACGCAAUGAAGAAAUUAGGCUCGAAGAAACCACAGAAACCCAUUCCAAGACCUUUGAACAGAUUCCAGGGCGCCAUCUUUGAUAUCAUCACACAGCAAGCUUUCGAUAUCAUUAUUAUGAUACUCAUUUGUCUGAACAUGGUAACGAUGAUGGUUGAAACAGAUGACCAGACUGAUUACGCUGAGAACGUUCUCUACUGGAUUAAUGUCGUUUUUAUUAUCUUUUUUACCACGGAGUGUAUCUUGAAAUUAUGUGCAUUACGACAUUAUUACUUUACCAUUGGAUGGAAUAUUUUUGACUUUGUUGUUGUAAUUCUAUCUAUUGUGGGUAUGUUUCUGGCGGAUUUGAUUACAAAAUACUUUGUGUCACCCACAUUAUUCAGAGUAAUUAGAUUGGCUCGUAUAGGCCGUAUACUUCGCUUAAUCAAAGGAGCCAAAGGAAUACGAACCCUGCUUUUUGCCUUAAUGAUGUCACUGCCUGCCUUGUUUAAUAUUGGCCUUCUUCUCUUUUUGGUUAUGUUUAUAUUCUCAAUAUUUGGGAUGUCUAAUUUUGCUUAUGUCAAAAAAGAAGCAGGGAUUGACGACAUGUUCAACUUUGAGACCUUUGGCAAUAGUAUGAUCUGCUUAUUCCAGGUCACUACCUCCGCAGGUUGGGAUGGAUUAUUGUUACCUAUUUUAAAUCGCCCACCAGACUGUGAUGCCACUAAAGAGAAUCCUGGAAGUCAGGUUAAAGGCGAUUGUGGAAAUCCAUCUGUUGGGAUUUUUUUCUUUGUUAGCUACAUCAUCAUUUCUUUCCUGAUUGUGGUAAAUAUGUACAUUGCUAUCAUUCUGGAAAACUUCAGCGUAGCCACGGAAGAAAGUGCUGAUCCAUUAAGUGAGGAUGAUUUUGAAACAUUUUAUGAAAUAUGGGAGAAAUUUGAUCCAGAUGCCACGCAGUUUAUUCAGUUCAGCAAACUGCCAGAUUUUGCAGAUGCAUUGGAGCAUCCUUUGCGAGUUUCUAAGCCAAACACUAUUGAGCUCAUUGCCAUGGAUUUGCCCAUGGUGAGUGGUGACAGAAUACAUUGUCUCGAUAUCCUCUUUGCCUUCACCAAGCGCGUCCUUGGAGAGAGCGGAGAAUUGGAUAUAUUGCGACAGCAAAUGGAAGAAAGAUUUGUGGCCUCUAACCCUUCUAAAGUGUCUUAUGAGCCUAUUACUACCACGCUCAGGCGCAAGCAAGAAGACGUGUCCGCUGUUAUCAUCCAGCAAGCUUACAGACGACACUUAUUAAAAAGAGGAUUUGUUUGUAGGAAGCAUUCUUCAACAAAAAUGGAGAAUGGAGGAACAAAUAUGGACAAGAAAGAGGGCACCCCAUCUACUGCAUCACUUCCAUCUUAUGACAGUGUAACUAAACCUGAGAAGGAAAAACAAGAAAGGAUAGAGGAAGCAAUUAGAGAGCGGGCGAAAAAACAAAAACAUGUCAGGGAAUCCAAGUGUUGAAAAAAAAAAAUUAAAAGUAAUGUACACUUUUCAGAUUUGCAAGCAAAAGAUUGUUUACAAAUUUAAUAAAUAGAUCAAUGCAGAUCAGCUAUGGAGACACUUACAGAAUGUUCAAUACCAAACAGUCUGCUUAUUAUGACAUUGUUGCAUCUAUAGCAGUGACCCACCACCUGUUUAAGAAGGACUAUUAAGACGCCUGACUGCAAGGAUUUUAUAUGGUUGUACAGGUGGAUACUGCAUGUUUCACAUCAAUAAAUGCAACCUAGGAGAAACCAAGAGAGCUGCAAGGAUUAAUACAAUUCAGCAGCCAAAUGGAGUUUAUUUUCUCAUUAUUAUGAAAAUCAAAAAAGCACCAUUUAGGGGGUUUGUUUGUUCAUGCAAAACUAUAUUUGCAAUGUUACGUUAGUUAAGCAGCAAAAAAAAAAAAAAGGAAAAAGAAAAUGCGGCAAAAAAAUAACAAAGCAAACAAACAAAAAAAAUACAUUAAGCCCAUGUCAUGUAACUUUCACACUUUAUUUGAUAUAUCUACAUAAUUUUUUUCUAUAUGGGCUUCAUGUGAUGGAAAAUGUGAGAUGGAAAAUCAGGUUAUAAUUCAGGCUGAUGAGAAAUUGCUCAGGCCGAUUCCAAAAAAAAAAAAAAAAAUCAUAAAAGAAGAAAAA